AGAAUUAGCCCGUUGCGUUUACUUGGCACCUGCCAGUGUCAUUCUCACGGAUCAAAGAGAAUACCCUCUGAAAACUUCUAGGUGAGAGAGACACACACACUGCUGACUAAGCGUUUGACAACUAUUUGGACUAUUUCCUCGAGCUAUUUUGCUCUAGUGUUGUUAACAAACAAAGAAACUCUGAAACUAGAAAUUUUUUUUUUGGAGAGAUCAUGGAGGAGAUCUCAUAGAAAUAUUUCUCAAAAUUGAUUUUCUUUUCUGUGUUGGAUGAUGGGUUGGAGAUACAAUGCUGGGUUAGGCUUGAUUGGCACUGUUGUAAUCAUAUGGGUUGCCUCUGCAGAGGUUACUCAGAAAAUAUUUGUGGAGUAUAAACAGCCAUUUGCACUUACCUAUUUGGGGGCCUCUCUUAUGGUGAUCUAUCUUCCAAUAGCAAUUUUUAAAGAUUGGAUCUGCAGCAUACUGGACACAAAUUUGCUUGAGAAUUUUUGCAAUGGCAGUCCUAUCGUGAGCUCUUCAACUGGACUAGAUAUUCCUCUUAGAAUCGACGAAUUUCAUCAUGGUACUGGAACAAGUAUGAAAGGCUGCCUAAUUACUGACAAGGACCUUGGUGAAAUGGAAGAGGGGUGUCCUCUAACAUAUAAUGUGCUUGAUCAAAGUUGUGAGCGUAAUUGGUGGGAAAUUGCCAAAUGGAGUUUCUAUCUUGCUCCUAUAUGGUUUGUCACAGAGUAUUUAUCGAACUCUGCACUGGCAAAUACUAGCGUUGCAAGUACGACUGUCUUAACUUCAACAUCUGGCCUUUUCACACUUUUCUUUGGAGCGCUUCUCUGCCAGGACUCUGUAAACAUUUUAAAGGUUGUUGCUGUUUGUAUUAGUAUGGCUGGUGUUGCAUUGACUACAGUUGGAAAAACUUGGGCCUCUGAUGAAAUGUUGAGCGCCUCUGAGAGCAAAAGGCAUUGCAUUAUUGGCGACAUUUUUGGUCUUCUCUCAGCAGUAUCUUAUGGCUUAUUUACAGUUCUGCUCAAAAAAUCUGCUGGAUCAAAAGGAGACAAUGUUGAUGUGCAAAAGUUCUUUGGAUUCAUUGGACUGUUCACUCUCCUUGGCCUUUGGUGGAUUGUAUGGCCACUAAAUGCCGUGGGGAUAGAACCUCAGUUUGCAUUUCCACAUUCAGCAUCCAUUGGUGAAGUUGUACUGUUAAAUGGCUUAGUGGGGAGUGUUCUCUCAGAUUAUUUUUGGGCCCUGUCCGUGGUUUGGACGACGCCAUUAGUUGCAACACUGGGUAUGUCCUUGACAAUUCCACUAGCAAUGGUCGCUGACAUGUUAGUCCACGGACGUCACUAUUCUGCAAUCUACAUCCUUGGAUGCUUCCAGGUUUUUGCAGGAUUUGUUAUUGCUAACCUCACUGACAAGUAUCCACGUCAGAAAGACGAAGGGUAGCGUUUUUUAGGUCCUGAGCAGCAGAAGAGAAGCGUGUGUAUUCCGACUAUAAAGAAUGUAACCUCUCUAAGUUUUAAGAGACAGGGUCAGACCUGUUUUCAACAUCUAACGUAAUUACACUAAACAUGAGACAUGAAUUGUUGUUGUUUUUGUAUCAAUCUGCUAUAAAUUAGAAUUUUGAAGCGCUGUGCUGUGUGACGCUGCAUUGAACAAAAAUGACGUUUUUAACUUUCCACACAAGGCAAUGUUGGUGCUAAGUUCAGCAGCCAUCUUGGUUUCUUUCAUUA